UGUGCCUAUCACCAACACACAUACAUGGAUUCUCCCCUACUCCAAUCUCUUCAAUCUCCAUCCAUCCUCUUCAUCUUAGCCUCCCUAUUUGUUUGCAUAAUCUUAUGGUUUCCAAUUCGUAAAAAGCUCCCGUACCCUCCUGGGCCAAAAGGGUAUCCGAUUAUCGGCAAUUUGGGUAUGGUUGAUCAACUGACCCACCGUGGCUUAGCCAACCUCUCUAAACGAUAUGGUGGGCUCUGUCACCUCCAAAUGGGAGGCCUUCAUGUCGUGGCUGUGUCAACACCAGAAAUAGCCCGAGAAGUCCUUCAAGCCCAAGAUGUUGUCUUUGCGAAUAGGCCUGCAAAUGUUGCAAUUGUCUACUUGACUUAUGAUAGAGCAGAUAUGGCCUUCGCCAAUUACGGUCCGUUUUGGCGCCAAACUAGAAAAAUCUGUGUCAUAAAGCUCUUUAGCCGAAAAAGGGCUGAAUCAUGGGCCUCCGUGAGAGAUGAAGUGGAAUUUACUGUUAGACAGGUGUCGGAGAGAACCGGUGAACCGGUUAAUCUCGGUGAACUAGUGUUUGCAUUAACAAGAAGCAUAACGUACAAGGCUGCUUUCGGGUCAUCUUCGAACGAAGGGCAAGAAGAGUUCAUGGAAAUUUUGCAAGAAUUUUCAAAGCUUUUCGGAGCUUUUAAUGUUGCUGAUUUCUUCCCUUGGCUGGGUUGGGUUAAUGCACAAGAUUUCAAUAAGAGGCUAGCCAAGGCUAGAAAUUCUCUAGAUGGGUUCAUAGAUACAAUCAUCGAUGAACAUAUAGCCAAGAAAAAUAACAGAAAGAGUCUCAAUGCCAAAGAUGAAAAUGAAGAGGUAGACUCGGACAUGGUUGAUGAAUUGCUAGAUUUUUACAGUGAAGAUGCUUCAAAAAAUAAUUUUGAUGAAUCAAAGUCCACUGUCAAGUUCAAUAAAGAUCACAUCAAAGCUCUCAUUAUGGAUGUCAUGUUUGGUGGAACUGAAACUGUGGCGUCGGCGAUAGAAUGGGCAAUCGCAGAGUUGAUGAAGAGUCCAGAAGACCUCAAGAGAGUCCACAAAGAACUCAUGGACGUGGUUGGCUUGAACCGGACAGUCCAUGAAUCAGACCUUGAAAAACUUAUCUAUCUCAAAUGUGCAAUGAAAGAAACCCUACGUCUCCACCCUCCGAUUCCUCUCCUCCUCCACGAAACAGCAAAGGAUACUGUCCUUAACGGGUAUAGAAUCCCGGCAAGAUCACGUGUCAUGAUCAAUGCAUGGGCUAUCGGGCGUGACCCGAAUGCUUGGGAAAACCCGGAUAAGUUCAACCCUAGUAGGUUCUUAGACGGGAAGGCGCCGGAUUUUAGAGGGAUGGAUUUUGAGUUUCUUCCAUUUGGGUCGGGUCGGAGGUCUUGCCCUGGCAUGCAACUCGGUCUGUAUGCAUUAGAGUUGGCCGUGGCACAUUUGCUUCAUUGUUUUAAUUGGGAGUUGCCUCAUGGAAUGAAGCCUGCUGAGCUUGAUAUGAACGAUGUGUUUGGACUCACUGCACCAAGGGCUGUUCGACUUGUUGCUGUGCCAACUUACAGGUUGAAUUGUCCCCUUUGAAAGGGAAGGAAGGGGAAGAUGGCGGUGGUUAAUUUUAUGCCGUUGUUUCAAGAAGAAGG